UUUUUUUACGUCGUUCCCCAAAGUUCCGUUUCCAGCAAUUUCUGUAGUCGGCGACUAAUCGCAGGAGCACCGCUAGAGAGACAGCAGAGGCUUCUAGAAACAACGUGCACCGGGACCGUUAGCGGCAAACAACCCCGCUACGUUACACAGUUAAACUUUUAAUAUUACUUAGCUGAGCAAAAUGGCAAAAUGGGGAGAAGGAGACCCUCGCUGGAUUGUAGAAGAGCGAGCAGAUGCGACUAAUGUCAACAACUGGCACUGGACUGAACGAGAUGCAACAAACUGGUCGUCGGACAAAUUAAAAUCUCUGCUCCUCGGGCUGAGCGUGGAGAACGAGGAGGGGAGCUGCGAGGUUACGGAAGUCAGCAAGGUGGAAGGAGAGGCCUCGAUCAACAACCGGAAAGGGAAACUUAUUUUCUUUUAUGAAUGGAACGUAAAAGCAACUUGGACCGGAAAGUCGAAAGCGGGAGUCAAAUAUAAAGGAACGAUUGAGGUUCCAAACCUGUCCGACGAGAACGACAUGGAGGAUCUUGAUAUCGGUGUAUCGCUGAACAAAGACGAGCCUGAGACGCCACUGACCAACCUGAUGAGAACAAAAGGAGCUGAGAAAAUCCGCGAGGCUCUGGGAAGCUACGUCGGGUUCUUAAAAACAGAGUUCACACAAGGGAUGAUCCUGCCGACAGCUAACGGUGUGGCGAAGCUGCAGUCCACAUCACAGUCCAAAGCCAAGUUGAAUAAAACUCAGAUUUCCUCCUCGGGCAGCACAGCUGCUCCAAUCAACACUGGCGUCAAGAUUCCCACCUGUAAAUUCAGCAUAAGAGAAACGUUCCUCACCUCGCCGGCCGACCUGUUCAGGGUGUUUGUCAACCAGGAGAUGGUUCAGGCGUUCACACACGCUCCAGCGAUGGUGGAGGGAGAGCGAGGCGGGAAGUUUCGUCUGCUAGAUGGAAAUGUUUUUGGUGAAUUCACAGAGCUGGUUCCUGAUGAGAAAAUAGUCAUGAAGUGGAGGUAUAACAACUGGCCCUGCGAGCACUACGCGACAAUCACGAUGACCUUCUUGGACCGGAGCAGCGAGACGGAGCUGAAGGUGGAGUGUCGAGGCGUCCCGGACAGCGAGGAGGAGCGGACGAAAGAGGGCUGGAAGAGAUACUACUUCGAAGCUAUUAAACAGACAUUUGGCUACGGAGCGCGGCUCUUCUGAAGACGGUGUACUGUAAUGCUGUUUUCUUUUCCGUUUUUUUUUUUUUUUUGGAUUUUUAAAUCUUCUUGUCCUUCGAUCUCUCUGGCACACGAUAUUUCAGUGUAAACUCAUAGCACGAGUUAACGAAAGAGAUGAAUUAAGCGAGGCCGACCUGUCACCUGUCUGUGUACAUGUAAAUGUUUUAAUUUCUGAACAUAUUUAAAUCGAGACUUUUUUUCCCCCCCUUCAGUAUUUGGGUCAGUUGUUCUAAGUAGCGUAAAUGGACUGUGCCUUUGAGACUCUGGACGGAAAAUGGAUUGAAUAAAGCAAAGAAGAAUCUAAUGAACCACUAAUGCAAAUUGGCCUCCGGUUCUAUAAAUAGGUAAUUAAUGCUAAGAGUUAAAAAUAAACGUUGAUUUUCUUUUUAUUUGAAAAAAAAAAACAAUUAUGUUGCUUUGAAAAUGAAUGUUUAUUUUUUACUUAUUUUACUCUUUUCAAGUGUAACUGUAGUGAAGAUGCAUGUUCCAUUUCAACCUGCCAGACUGAGGGACGACUGCUGGAUCUGAACUUGAAGUCUGUCACUUAUAGCUAAGCAGUUGCUGUACUUUUCAGUUGCUUCGUUGAGACUUGAUUUGGUGCACGUUUAACGAGCCCGGCGCGUACGUCCGCCGCCCGGGCAGAGGAAGACCUCCUUGGACCCUUCAGCAGGAAAUAUUAAAUGUUUGUCACAGUGUUGAAACACGGGAAAAACAAGUUUCAAGUCUUUCUGCAGGUAGCUAGCGUAGCAACUAAAGAGACGUUUUGCUAUAUUUGGCUUCAAAAUGUACAUUUCCAGUUAAAAAAAAAAAAAAAAAAGCUUUGAGAACAAAAUGCAUCUAUUUAUUUCAUCCCGUCACAAUGUAAAAAGAUUAAACGAAUCCCUGUAUGCUCUUGA